AUGAAUACUCAACUCUCCUUUACAAAUAGUAUCCGCAUCCUGGGUCUCACUUUUGACACCAAACUUACUUGGCGACCUCAUCUGAAAAAACUAAAAACGGAAUGUCAAUCAAGAUUAAGGACAAUCAAAAUUCUUGGAAACAGCACCUGGGGAUCCGACACAAAAAGCCUAAUCACAAUUUAUAAAGCACUUAUACUGUCAUUAAUUGACUAUGGAGACAUAAUAUUCAACUCAGCAAAAGAAAAAGAUCUAAAUACCCUGGAUCCUAUACACAACCAAGGCAUUCGCUUGGCCAUUGGAGCCUUCAGGACGAGUCCUGUCGAUAGCAUACUCUUUUACGCAGGAGAACCUCCUCUACAAGAUAGACGCCAUAGCCAUAUACUAAAAUAUGUGACUAAAAUUAAAAAUCUGACUAACCACAUCACUGAAAACAUCAUCCACAGCCCUCUACCUACUAAUAUACUGCCCUCCCGAAACACAGUAUUCGAAAACUUCAAAAUAAUCAGUAAUAACUUAGAUUUCCAAUCACAAUCACUAAACAAAAUUCAGCCUCCUCUCCCUCCGUGGCUCUGGUCGCCAAAAAUCAACACCCAAUUGGCAGAAUACUGCAAACAUAAUACAGAUAGUCGAAUCAUACUCAACCGUUUUGCAGAAAUAAUGUCACAACAAUAUCCGGACUAUACACAAAUAUACACAGAUGCUUCCAAAAGUAAAAAUGGGGUGGGCUUUUCUGUAAUCACAGAUUGGGAGAACCAUCUCUUUAAACUACCGUCGUCUUUUAGUAUAUACACAGCUGAAACUCAUGCUAUUUACCAAGCACUAUUAAUCAUCUCAACUUCAAACCCAACAAACUGUCACAUCAUUAUCAGUGACUCUCUGAGUGCUCUUACUGCAAUUUCUAACCCCUACCCUAAAAAUGAACUUAUUCAACAUAUACAGAAAUUAAUAUCUGAAAUAAACAUCCCCACAUGUUUCAUGUGGGUCCCUUCACACAUUGGGAUACCCGGGAAUGAAAAAGCUGACACAUCAGCCUAUGAAGCCAUUACAUAUCCACAGUCCAUUAAAAUCAGCUCUACUUCCUCAUCUGAAAUCUUCGGCACAAUCCACCAAAAAAUAAUGGAAGAAUGGCAACUUUUUUGGGAAAAUAUUCCCCUUACCAACAAACUGAGAAAUACAAAACUACUCGUCAAGAAACUAAAUUACCCUCCCGGCACAAAAAGAAAAGACGAAGUAACAGUCACUCGAGCCAAAAUAGGCCAUUCUUACUUAACACAUGUACAUCUCAUCAAAAAAGAACCAGCACCCAUAUGUGAUACUUGCAACGUAACUCUAUCAAUUGAACAUAUCGUAAUCAUCUGUCCCAAAUACACUGAAGCACGCAAGAUACUCCAAAAUCCAGCAUCACUCUAUCAAGCCUUCAAAGAUGAGAACACAGCUGCAAUCAGUACAUUUUUCCAUAAUAUAAACACUAAACACCCAUUGUAA